CCACUCUCGCUGUUAGUCCUGAAUUCAGAAAUGCGGGAAAACUUGGUACCAUCUUAUACAAUGGUCAUUCCAUCUUGUUCCUGGCGCACCAAACGAGGGACGAACACCACAUGCCCCACGACUCGGAGGCAAUCAUUGGCACGACUCACGAGUCUCCCUUCCAUCUGUACAGUGCCAUGUCGGAACAAGAGGCUGUCACUGGUCUCCGCUGGAAUAACAAUGUAUCUGCAGCCAUUACUCUGAUAUCAUAUGAGUACCUUCUUCUGUUGGACAAAGAGGUUAAGUAUGUCUGGCAAAGACCGUGGUCGUUGAUGUCAGGCCUGUAUCUUGCUGUUCGAUAUUUUGGUCUUUUCCUUGCAUUGCUGUGCGCCUGCUGGGGAGGUCUGGUAUAUAUACCUGAAUCAGUGAGCUAUGGUCUUAUCGUGUUUAUUGAGUGGGGGUUUUCAGUGUUCUUUUGCUUUGCGGAAGUCAUUCUCAUCUGGCGUCUUUAUGCUAUAACCAACCAAUCGAAGCUCCUGCUUCAUGUUUUAGUGGGAUUGUUCUUGCCUAUCAUCGCCCUCUUUAUAGGGACGGACAUAUAUUUGUAUAGUCGAUCCACCGUGUUCUCGGUGAAAGAAAUAGUAACUCCGAACGCCAAGUACUGUACGCUUUCCUUCCACAUUGGGCCCAUGCCUGCGAUCUAUACUUCCAUCCCCAUCGUGUGCUAUGAUAUUUUGCUGGUCGUUCUUGCGGCCGCCACCCUCGUGAGACACCUUAAAGAGCAGAGAGAAAUCAAAAUGAGGCCUAAUACCUAUAUGGUUAUGAUCGUCCGAUAUCAUAUCAUGUACUUUGUCCUAAAUUUGACAAACCAAGUCUUAUUGGUGAUAUUAUGGGCUAACAUUCCGACGCCGGCGAUGAGUCUCGCCGAGCUCUUCAACGGUACGGCACCAUUUAUUCUCGCACCCCGUCUCAUCAUCAGUGUUUGGGAUACGCAUGCCCGCGACGAGUGCAUACACGUCAGCACGACUUUUGCAGAUUGUGUGUGUUGGACUUCACCACCGGGGUUCGAGCAGCAUGAGGUGGACUGUGGCGCAGCAUGAUUUUGGCUUGGUAGUUCCAGAUUCGCAUGAAGGAGUUCAUCGAGGUACAGUGAGGUGGCCAUACUACUAUUGAAUAAAUAAUUUACAAUGUUCGCCUGUGGUUAUAAGUAGUAGUUCGUGCAAGAUGCAUUGACUCAGAAGUCCGCAGAGAGUCAGG